GGGUUGCAACUGCAGCGGCGGGCCACAGUGACAAUUAGCCUGUAGCAACGACAAACGGUCAAUGGCACGCCAAUGACAGGGUUCCUUGCUUGGUAGGCGCGCACAUGGCGACGUGAAGAUGCACGCCGCACGUCUUGGAAUCUGGGUACUUAGGUGCAGACCGCGCUCCUCCAAGACGUCUUCUUUGCUUGAUCAUCGUUGUCGGCCUUAGCAAGGGCUCAUCUCGAACAUCAGCACAAGAAUCGCAUCGAACUUGAUCAGCGACCCAAACGUCUUGCUAGAUUGCCGUUGAGAACCAGCAACAUGGGUUUCUUCAAGAAGCCCACCCUGCGCACGCGCGAUGACCAGCGCACAAGCGCCGCAGAACUCACUCUGCGCGCCUCAAUCCUCCCUCUCUGCCUCGUCACAAUCCUCUUCUUCCUCUGGGGCUUCUCAUAUGGCCUUAUCGAUACGCUGAACAAGCACUUCCAAGUCGAGCUCAACAUCACACGCGCACGCUCUUCCGGACUGCAGGCAGCUUACUUCGGCGCGUAUCCGCUUGCUUCGCUGGGACACGCGAAUUGGCUGCUCAGACACUGGGGAUAUAAGGCGGUGUUCAUCUGGGGACUGUUUCUGUUCGGCACAGGUGCACUGCUGACUUGGCCGUGCCUCGUGUACCGUUCUUUCGGUGGAUUUUGUGCGGCGACUUUUGUCAUCGGAAAUGGUUUGGGCAGUCUGGAGACGGCGGCAAAUCCGUACCUUGCUGUUUGUGGACCACCAAAGUACUCGGAGCUGCGCAUCAACCUCGCGCAGGCUUUCAACGGUAUCGGGACUGUCGUUGCGCCUGUCCUCGGUUCCUACGUCUUCUUCGUCGAUGUCGGCGAGGGCUCUGAGGCGCUCAAGAACGUGCAGUGGGUGUACCUCGCAAUCGCGAUCUUCGUCUACGUCCUGGCCGUCGUGUUCUACUUCGCCACGAUCCCCGAGAUCACAGACGCCGACAUGGCCUUCCAAGCCGAAGUCACAAACGCAGGCUCCGACGCCAAACCGUUCCGCAAGCAAUACCGCCUUUUCCACGCCACCUUUGCGCAGUUCUGCUACACCGGCGCCCAGGUCGCCAUCGCAGGCGCUUUCAUCAACUACGUGACUGAAUCGCGAAUCGGCAGCUACGAUGCGAACGGAGUGGCGCAGCCGACCAGCAAUGCAGAUGCUGCACGCUUCUUGGCCGGGGCGCAGGGAACGUUCACCAUGGGACGGUUUGUGGGCAGUCUUACAAUGAAGUUUGUGAAGCCUAGAUGGACGUUUUUGGUCUUCAUGAGCUGCUGCAUUAUCUUUCUCAUCCCCGCUAUCACCGAGCGCGGCAACACAGGCAUGAGCAUGCUCUUCAUCGUGCUCUUCUUCGAGUCCAUCAUCUUCCCCACGAUCGUAGCGCUGGGCAUGCGCGGUCUGGGCAAGCACAGCAAGCGCGGCUCAGGCUUCAUCGUGGCGGGCGUCUCGGGCGGUGCCGUGGUGCCGCCGCUGCUCUUCGUCGCGGCCGACUCGCGCGGAACGGCGAACGUCGGUGCGGGAUACUCGCCGACUGCGUUUGCCAUGGUGGUCCCGCUGGUGUUUUUCUUGGCUGCGUGGUCGUACACGUUCUGUGUCAAUUUCAUCCCUGCGUACAGAAACGUUGCGGAUAGCUUCCAUGAGACCAAGGUCGGCCUUGUUAACUCGGGCGCGGGUGAUGCGGAGGGCCAGUUUGGCGUCAAGGAUGGCGGCUCGCCGCUGCAGACUGAGGCUGUGCAUCAUGGUGAGAAGAAGAUGUAGGGACACGACGGCUGGCACUCGAUACGCAUAGGAAAUAUGGGCGUCUGCAGAUGGAGCAAUCAAUACCGGAUAUGUUUCUUUGUAUUGCAGUAUCAUGGCUUCAACCUCCUUACUCAGUGCAUGUGUUGGGUCUUCAGAAGGUCCA